AUGUCUGCUGAGUGUCCAGAGCCUGGACCACACCUGCCGUUUCUAGGGUCAGGUGAUCAUACUAGGACUUCAGAAGCAGAUCAAUGUUCUCCUCUGAUCAAGCCUGGCCCCUGGAGCCUGCCCACCUGGAGAGCUUAUGUGGCUGCUGCAAUUCUCUGCUAUAUCAACAUGCUGAAUUACAUGAACUGGUUCAUUAUUGCAGGAGUGCUACAGGACGUGCAGAAGUUUUUUCAAAUCCAUGACAGCAAUGCUGGUUUGCUGCAGACAGUUUUCAUCGGCUGUGUCCUGUUAUCUGCACCAGUGUUUGGCUACUUGGGUGAUCGUCAUAGCCGCAAAGCCAUCCUGAGCUUCGGGAUCUUGGUCUGGUCUGGAGCAGGCCUUGCUAGCUCCUUCAUCUUGCCCCAGCAUUCCUGGCUCUUCUUCCUGUCUCGGGGAGUCGUGGGCACGGGCACAGCCAGCUACUCCACCCUCGCCCCCACUGUCCUGGGCGACCUUUUCGUGAAGGAUCAGCGGACCAGGGUGCUGGCUGUCUUCUACAUCUUCAUUCCAGUUGGAAGUGGUCUGGGCUACGUGCUGGGGUCGGUUGUGACAGAUUUGACUGAGGACUGGCGUUGGGCCCUCCGUGCCAUGCCCUGCCUGGAAGCUGUAGCCUUUAUCCUGCUGAUUGUGCUGGUGCCAGACCCACCCCGGGGGGCAGCUGAGAAGCAGGAAGAGGUGGUUACUGGGGAUCUAAGGAGCAGCUGGUGUCAAGAUGUCAUAUACCUGGCAAGAAACCAGAGUUUUGUGUGGUCCACCCUUGGAGUGACAGCGAUGGCCUUUGUGACAGGUGCUCUGGGCUUUUGGGCCCCCAAGUUUCUGUUUGAGGCACGCGUGGUGCAUGGGCUGCAGCUGCCCUGCAUCCAUGAGCCAUGCAGCAGCCAGGACAGCCUGAUUUUUGGUGUGAUUACUGUUGUGACUGGUAUCUUUGGAGUCAUCAUGGGAGCAGAGGCUUCGAGGAGGUACAAGAAAGUCAACCCCAGGGCCGAGCCCCUCAUAUGUGCCUCUAGCUUGCUGGCUGCAGCUCCCUGCCUCUACCUGGCACUCAUUCUGGCCCCCAGAACAAUCUGGGCCUCCUAUGUGUUCCUGGCUCUCGGGGAGCUCCUGUCCUGUAACUGGGCGGUGGUGGCUGACAUCCUCUGGUAGUCUGUGGUUGUGCCUCAGUGCCGGGGGACUGCAGAGGCGCUUCAGAUCACCAUCGGCCAUAUCCUGGGAGAUGCUGGUAGCCCCUACCUCACUGGACUGAUAUCCAGCAUUCUGCGGUCCAGCCGGCCUAACUCCUACUUGCAACGCUUUCUCAGCCUGCAGCAGAGCUUCCUAUGUUGCGCCUUUGUCAUCGCUUUGGGAGGUGGCUGCUUCCUGCUGACAUCACUGUACCUGGAGAAGGACCAGGUCCAAGUCCGGUGGCCUGGUCCAGUAUCUCGGGAAUUCCUGCAGAGCCACACCUUCUACUUCUUCCCAGUUAGAGAGUUGCCAUGGUCUGGCUCUGGGCUGGAAAUUGAACCAUCCGUGUCCUCUGUGGAUCAUGAAAGUGGAGGACAUGCUUCUGGACACGCUUCCUCUGACCUGAAGGUGGAACCAGAUGAGUGUCAGAGACAGUUCACAUCUGAAGCACAGAACAGCCCAGCAGGGGGUCUCUCUGUGGGACCACACUUGUCGCUGGCAUUAGAGCAGCUGAUCACAGCGGGCCCUAUGGAAGCUGAACAGCUUCCAGGAGGUCACUAUUCCCGCCUGAUUGCCAUCUUCACCAUGCCAGCCUGUGGAGACUGCUGGGAGACCAGCAGCUGA